UAACCAACGUGGGCAUUUCGGAAACAAGGGAACAGAGACAGGCGAAGGUCCCGCCUAUAAAUUCUCCCCCAUUCCCCAUUAAAGAGUAGCUCAUAGCAAGCAACGGAGUUCUCCUCGACUCCGUUCUCCCUCUCCAAUAGUCCUAGGAGUCUCCCAGCUCUCCGCAAAUCUCUCUACGCCAUUCCCAGGAUACCCCUGAUCUCCUCCACAAAGUUUUCCCCUUGUUCAAUUAUUUUCCCGCCUACUAAUUCUGUUCCUCCUCCGUUUUUAUCGGAGGAGUGGAAACUGUUCUUCUAGAAUUUUCUUUCUCCCGUUUUUUCUUUAAUUUUUAUAUCACAGAAAUAUCGGAAAAGCGGGAGAGAAAUUGAGGAUGGAGGGAAGGGUCGCCGAAAAGAUGGACAGAACUCUAGAAAGCCUACCGCCGGCGGGAUUUCCCGGCCAGAUCAGCUCCGCACUAUCGGAGAUUCUACUAUCCGGAACCGACCCCUUGGACUCCAUCUUCUCCCAUCUCCCGCCGCCGGCCCUGGCAACGCCGGAAACCCUCGGCUCCGGCGUCUACCUCCGACAGACGGAGCUCCUCCGGCGGAUCGCCUCCCAAUCCCGGAUCUAUUCCGUCGCUUUCCCUUCUGCUCCCGCCUGGGCAGCGGCGGCCGCCGAUCAGCAUCACCGCCUAUACUAUGGAAUGGGGCCGGCGAAGAAGAAGCUCUACCGGGGCGUCCGGCAGCGGCACUGGGGGAAGUGGGUGGCCGAGAUCCGGCUCCCUCAGAACCGGAGGCGGGUCUGGCUCGGCACCUACGACUCGGCCGAGUCGGCGGCCUACGCCUACGACCGCGCCGCCUACAAGCUGCGCGGGGAGUACGCCCGCCUCAACUUCCCGGAGCUCAGGGACGGUGGCGAUUGCCCCGAGAAGCUCCGCGCGCUCAGAUCCGCCGUGGAUUCCAAGAUCCAGGCCAUCUGCCAGCGGCUCGGACGGCAGAGAACAUCGAAGCAGAGAUCCGAGACCGAGAAGGGGAAGGCCAAAGGAAAGAGCCGGAGAGACAAGGAGCCACUGGCGGCGGCGGCGGCGGAGGGCUCGUCGGAGACAACAUCAACGUCGGUAUUGGAGGAGGGACGGAUGACGGCGGGAUGCAACGAGAUGAACAACGAGUGUUCGCUGGCGGGGAUGCCCUCGUUUGAUCCCGAGUUAAUCUGGGAAGUUCUCGCUAAUUAAGUAAAAGGAUGCUGCAUUAGUUUUAUAAAAAAAUAUGUAAUUAGUGGAUAAAUGACAAGUGAGAGAGUUAAUACUGAAUAUGUGACGUUGUAAUUGAGAUGCUUAAAGAGAGAUCUGGAGGGAUUUAGGUUUAGGUUUGGCAUGUGGAGGACAACCAAAAAGAAUCUACUUUAAAAUGUUUGGAUGGCUUUAAAAGGGGGUGGUCCCCUAGGAUCGUCUUUGACCCUUCGGAGAUCCAAUUUGAAAUCUCUCUCUCUCUCUCUCUCUAUAUAUAUAUAUAAUGGUCCAUGGAGGAGUCUUUUUGAUGGUCGGCUUGCCAUUUAAGCUAUUGGAAGAAUUUACCAUGGAUCUGGGAUGUAUCUUUCACAU